UUAGCUCCAAUUUCCAUUCCUUUCCUCAUUUUAUUACGCCAUAAAAUGCAAAACCUUUUCUAGUUUUUCUCUUUUCUUUUCUUAUAGCAACCAAAACUGCACACAACACCAACAUAACACACCGCAAGCAGUCACAUUUUUUUUUUUGGCUUAAAACACACCCACACCACACAGAAGAAAGAAAGAAAGAAAGAAAGAGAGAGAAAGAGAAAGAAAGAUUAGAAAGAUCAGAAUCAGACAGGCUAGCUCCAUGUCUGACUCACAUCUAACUUUCUACUCUCCUUCGUCCAUUCUUGCUCUUCUUCCAAUCUUCUUCGUCUUCUUCAUUCUUAUCAAAAGAAAGCAAACCAAACCCAGGCUCAAUCUUCCACCAGGUAACAUGGGCUGGCCAUUUCUUGGUGAAACCAUUGGCUAUUUGAAGCCUUAUUCUGCUACCACAAUAGGGGAAUUCAUGGAGCAGCACAUAGCAAGGUAUGGUACAAUUUACAAGUCGAAGCUAUUUGGGGAGCCCGCUAUAGUGUCAGCAGACGCAGGACUCAACAGGUUCAUUCUACAGAACGAGGGGAAACUGUUCGAGUGCAGCUACCCCAGAAGCAUUGGUGGAAUACUCGGGAAAUGGUCCAUGCUGGUCUUAGUUGGCGACAUGCACAGAGACAUGCGGGUUAUAUCGCUCAACUUCCUAAGCCACGCCAGGCUCAGAACCCACCUCUUGAAAGAGGUGGAGAAACACACCCUCUUGGUUCUAAACUCUUGGAACCAAAAUUGCACAUUCUCGGCCCAAGAUGAAGCCAAGAAGUUCACCUUCAAUCUGAUGGCUAAGCAUAUCAUGAGCAUGGAUCCUGGGGAAAUCGAGACAGAGCAACUGAAGAAAGAGUAUGUCACUUUCAUGAAAGGGGUGGUAUCCGCGCCACUGAAUCUACCUGGAACUGCAUACCGAAAGGCGUUAAAGUCUAGGUCCACCAUACUGAAGUUCAUAGAGGGGAAAAUGGAAGAGAGAGUGAAGAGAAUCCAAGAGGGAAACGAGAGUUUGGAGGAAGACGAUCUUCUGAACUGGGUUUUGAAGCACUCGAAUCUCUCGACGGAACAAAUUCUGGACUUGAUUCUGAGCUUGCUCUUCGCUGGCCAUGAAACUUCGUCGGUAGCCAUAGCUCUAGCCAUUUACUUUUUGCCCGGUUGUCCUCAAGCUAUGCAACAGUUAAGGGAAGAGCACAGUGAAAUUGCCAGAGCCAAGAAACAAGCAGGGGAAGUGGAACUCACAUGGGACGAUUACAAAAGAAUGGAAUUUACUCAUUGUGUUGUGAACGAGACACUGAGGUUGGGAAAUGUUGUGAGGUUUCUCCACAGGAAGGCUCUGAAAGACGUUAAUUAUAAAGGUUAUGACAUUCCAUGUGGGUGGAAAGUCCUUCCGGUGAUUGCAGCCGUGCAUCUGGAUCCUUCACUUUUUGACCAACCUCAACAAUUCAAUCCAUGGAGAUGGCAGAACAAUGGCGGUCGUGGGAGUUGUCCGAGCAAGAGCGCAGCAAACAGUAACUUUCUGCCGUUCGGAGGAGGAUUACGGCUGUGCGCGGGAUCAGAGUUAGCGAAGCUUGAAAUGGCGGUUUUCAUCCAUUAUCUCAUCCUCAACUACCACUGGGAAUUGGCCGAAACAGAUCAAGCUUUUGCCUACCCUUUCGUGGACUUCCCAAAGGGCCUACCCAUUAGAGUCCAGGCCCACUCUCUCAUUUGAGCCAUUCAAAUAACUCACUUAGUUCACCCCAUAUAAAAGUAACUCCAACCAAGCCCAUCCAAAAUUCAAACUCAACUACGUCAACAAGAGUUGAGUUUCAUGAGAUUAAAACUUUCCUUGUGGCGUAGGAAGGGAAGACAAAUAUUAAGUACAAUUGUACAAACACAGGGAUUAGGACCACUUCUUCCCUUCUCUUCUCUUCUCCUUCCCUCUCUGGCCCGUACCAGAUUUUUACUACCCACUCACAUUGUACAUUUUAUAUAUUCCUCCCCACCACCACUCAAUAUUUAUUCUUUUCUUUUUCUUAUUUUCCCACUAUUGUAAUCUACCACCUUUUCUUACUAUAUAUAUUUAUAUAUAAUUAAUAAUCU